AUAUAAUAAAACAAAAAUUGUAAUAAAGAGAGAAGAGGGCAAAACGGGGAACAUGUCACGCGGAUAGGUGUGAGGGAGUAAAUGACGUAGGUUCCGUUAUUUAAGAACCCUUUAGAGAGGUUCCCACACACCAGAAGAGAGAGAAAGAGACAGAGAGAAAUGGUGAGAGAAGAAGAAGAAGAUGACAACAACGGAGGAGGAGGAGAGAGAAAGCUGCCUGUGGCUGAUGAAACGGUGCCGUCUUUGUUGGACGGAACGGGAUUGGUUUGUGUAACGGGAGGUACUGGUUUCGUUGCUUCUUGGCUCAUCAUGCGUCUCCUUCAACGUGGCUACUCCGUUCGAGCCACGGUUCGAACCAAUCCAGAAGGGAAUAAGAAAGAUAUAAGCUACCUAACCGAACUACCAUUUGCAUCUGAGAGGCUUCAAAUAUUCACAGCCGAUCUCAACGAACCGGAGAGCUUUAAACCGGCAAUCGAAGGAUGCAAAGCCGUAUUCCACGUGGCACAUCCUAUGGACCCAAACAGCAACGAAACCGAAGAGACCGUUACGAAACGCACCGUGCAAGGUCUCAUGGGGAUACUAAAGUCGUGUUUGGACGCUAAAACCGUGAAACGGUUUUUCUACACGUCAAGCGCCGUUACCGUUUUCUAUAGCGGGAAAAACGGCGGUGGAGGAGGAGAAGUAGACGAGAGCGUUUGGAGCGACGUGGAGGUGUUUAGGAAUCAAAAGGAGAAGAGAGUGAGUAGCUCUUACGUCGUGUCGAAAAUGGCGGCGGAGACGGCGGCACUUGAGUUCGGCGGGAAGAAUGGAUUGGAGGUUGUGACGCUCGUUAUUCCUCUUGUCGUCGGACCUUUUAUAUCUCCGUCGUUGCCUUCCUCCGUCUUCAUAUCUCUCGCCAUGCUCUUUGGAAAUUACAAAGAGAAGUAUUUAUUCGAUACUUACAACAUGGUGCAUAUUGAUGAUGUGGCGAGGGCGAUGAUAUUACUAUUAGAAAAGCCAGUAGCGAAAGGUAGAUAUAUUUGUUCGUCGGUGGAGAUGAAGAUCGAUGAGGUCUUUGAGUUUUUGUCUACGAAAUUUCCUCAGUUUCAGCUACCUUCAAUUGAUUUGAAGAAUUACAAAGUAGAGAAGAGGAUGAGUCUCUCGUCGAAGAAGCUGAGAAGUGAAGGGUUCGAGUUCAAGUAUGGAGCUGAGGAAAUAUUCGGUGGAGCUAUAAGGAGCUGCCAAGCGAGGGGAUUUCUUUAAAUUCUGUGUUAAAAUUUGUAUAUGAAUUGAAAAUAUCUUUUUCUUUAUUGGCCAUUCCCGUUUUGUAUAACAUGAAACUUGUUGAGGAAAAAAAAAAGAAAAUGUUUUAAUUCA